UGUACCUUAGAAUCCACUCUCCUUUGUAAGAAGAGUAACUAUCAUUGUUUGUCAACCUUAUUUUUAUCUUUGAAAGAAGAAGAAUCAUCAGUUCUGAAAUAUUAUGAAUCACAGAUCUGUGUGGUGCAAAGCGGGUUGGUUAUUUUGGUCUGACACAGUUUUAUGUCGCCCUGAAAUUGAUUGCUGCGGCACAGUCUGGCCUCCCUGUGCGGAUGGAGAGUAUUACAUGUGAAUUGCCUCUGCCUCGCUUUAUGAUGUCAAAGAAUGAUGGUGACAUACGAUUCGGUAACCCACCUGAGCUUCACGGAACUAAGGUUCAGAUUCCAUAUUUAACCACGGAAAUAAAUUCCUUCAAAAGAAUGGACGAUGAGGAGAAACAGCAGGAAAUGCAGUCUCCCACGAUGUCACCCCUCGCCUCCCCUCCUUCGUCUCCGCCUCAUUACCAGAGGGUGCCCUUGAGCCAUGGCUACAGCAAAUUGCGGAGCAGCACAGAACAGAUGCAUCCAGCUCCUUAUGAAGCUAGACAGCCCCUUGUCCAGCCUGAGGGAUCUUCAUCAGGUGGUCCAGGAGCCAAACCCCUUCGGCAUCAGGCUUCUCUUAUCCGGUCCUUUUCAGUGGAGAGGGAACUGCAGGAUAACAGUAAUUACCCAGAUGAACCGUGGAGGAUAACAGAAGAACAACGGGAAUACUAUGUCAAUCAGUUCCGAUCUCUUCAGCCGGACCCGAGUUCCUUCAUUUCAGGGUCUGUGGCCAAGAACUUCUUCACCAAAUCAAAGCUUUCCAUUCCAGAGCUCUCUUAUAUAUGGGAACUUAGUGAUGCUGAUUGUGAUGGAGCCUUGACUCUGCCUGAGUUUUGUGCUGCAUUUCAUCUCAUUGUGGCUCGCAAGAACGGCUACCCACUGCCUGAGGGCCUGCCUCCAACUCUGCAGCCAGAGUACUUGCAAGCAGCUUUCCCUAAGUCCAAGUGGGAGUGUACAUUAUUUGAUUCUUAUUCAGAGUCAAUGCCAGUAAACCAACAACCCCGUGACUUGAAUCGAAUGGAGAAGACAUCUAUUAAAGACAUGGCUGACUUUCCUGUCGCUGCCCAAGAUGUGACUGGUGAUGACAAACAAGCUUUGAAAAGUACUAUCAAUGAAGCCUUACCAAAUGACCCAUCUGAGGAUCCAGCAACUCCUAAGGAUUCCAACAGUCUCAAAGGAAGACCAAGAUCCAGAUCUUACUCUAGCACCUCCAUAGAAGAGGCCAUGAAAAGGGGCGAGGACCCUCCCACCCCGCCACCGCGGCCACAGAAAACCCAUUCCAGAGCCUCCUCCUUGGAUCUGAAUAAAGUCUUCCAGCCCAGUGUGCCAGGUGAAGUGCUCCUUUGCUCCCAGCCCCUCUCUUUCCUGUUGGAGCCAGUGAGUGUGUAUGCCACAAAGGCUUCUGUAAGUCGGGGAAAGAGCAGACCUGCCUGGCAACUUCCCUUCCCAUGAUGGACUUCAUGUUGUUGUGGUAUUCUUGGGCAGGAAAGCAGUCCCAGACAGAUACAUAGCAUAUGGGUCUGGGGCCUUGCCCACACUUGCUGUUGAUCAAAAAUUAUGAAAUUCUCUACCAAGGGGAUAAAAAUGGUUCCCACCCCAGGUAGCCUGCUGUGUGCUUGGCUGGGGUCUUGUUUUCUGCAUCAUGGUAAUUUGUAAACAAGAUCACUCUCUGUUGUUUUUUAAGAUACUUGUGUGUUUCUUCUGAGCAAGAAGAUCUUAGUGAUCAGCAUAGGUUAGACCCCCUCUCCUACAGUUUAUCCUCGUGGAGAAGGUCCUAUGUCCCAUAGGGUUUAUGCAAAGGGACUCCAAAUUGGACUGAUGGGUGGUUGGGAGAGCUGGAUGACCAGGGCCUCUUCAGAUGGGCUGCUCUGGGGCUUCAGGGAAUGGGACUUUGUAGAGCCACCAGCUGUGUAGCUGGGAUGGAGGUGGUAGAAGUCAGAAGCCUAUCUGUUCCUCUGGCUUCCUAGGAGUGAUGUGGGACAUGUCCUCCUAGGGAACCUAAGGACAGAGGUGACAGGCAUGCCUUUGCUUCAGUGCAGGUGAUAGGAUAUAGCACUGUUCAGAGUGUUACUUUAGGAGCAGCAAGGGCCUUUCCAUUGACUCAUGCUGGCCAGCUAUAAAUACAAUUAUUUCCUGAAAGUUUUUCUUUAUCUAUGUACAUUUUAAAUCAAGCCAGCCUCAGAUGCUAGUGAUUACAGAUUUUUAUCUUUUCUACUAAAGCAACAAAAGACUCUCAUUCACUCACAUAUUACCAUGACCUCUGUGACCUGGCAGAGCUCGGUACUUUAUUUGUUCUAAUAAAGUACUCUUCUCACAGUAAGGUUAGAUUGUUUUCUCAUUAUAGUAGAAUCUGAAACUCUCUAUGAAAUUUGAUUUUCUGCAAUGAACUCAUCAGACAAAAAUGUCUCUUAAAUUUCCCUGUGUUCUUUGAUCCAAAUUCUGGCAUAAUUUCAUAGUAACUGGUAUUUAGGAUGGGAGUAGCCAUGGGUGAUGAUGUUAUAAAAAUUUCACAUGGUUGGUGGCUUAUGACCUGGAAGAUUUUCUAUGGAUGCAGGAAGAUUAAAACAAUCUGGGCAGCUAUCUCAGAACUUUUCCCUGCAUGGACGGAAGCUGGAAAUGUACACACACCUCUCAGGCUGUGUGACUCAGGGAGGAGAUACCAGUUGUGUUUGAGAAUUUACAUGCUGUGGCUUUUACACCGUUGCAUCAUACAGUGGAAAAGACAAAACUGUAUUUGGAGUUUAGCUCAGCUGCUUUUUAAUUAUUUGAUUUCCAGCAAGUGGCUUAAUUAUUUUGUACUUCAGAUUCCUCAUGUGCAAAACUGGGGCACUACUUACUCCAUGAAGUUGUAAAGUUUUGGUGAGAUAAUAAACAUAACACAAAUGUCACCCUGUUUAGCCCAUAGACCUCAAUAUGCAACUGAGGCCCAUAUUCUCAUGGCCUGAGUAUACUAGGAAUUGAAUGUUCCCAGGAGCAGCCCUUGACUGAUGAGGAUAAAGCCCCCGACUCCCUUGACCCCAGUGGACAAAUCUGUGAUUCUUUCUAGAAGAUUCUUCAGAAGACUGGAUGACAGAACCCAGCUUGCUGUGUGUCAAUAGUACCUCAUUUAUUAACACACCUUUUUUGUCUGUCUCCCUCCCUUUCUUCCUGUCACACUUCCCCAUUCCCAAAUAAAAUAGCUGUUUUCCAAGUCCUUGUCUCAGGCUGUUUUAGGGAAAACCUGAAUUUAAACAAUGUUCUUUGACAUCUCCAAUGAUGAUAUGAUGAUAUGAUGAAAAGUAUUUUGGUUUGAUAGAUGUCCUGGUGAAGACCCUUGUGUCAUAUCUAGAUACAAAUAAGAUUUAGCCAAAAAUAGCUUGGCCUGUAACAUCUGUAUUCAUAGCCUAAUUCAACUAUAUUUUCAGAACAUGUUUAUACAAAUGAACUUCUAAUGAGAAGUUUCAAUUUAUUGCAUGAAGAGUAGAAUGUUUCUGCAGUAUGAAAAGCAGGUGGCGUUGAAUGAAUUUAUUUUUUAUGGUUAUUCUCACAGGAAAGCACAAGAGUCUAUCUAAAUUAUAUAGAAUUUUAGUGUAUCACAUAUUGCUGGAAAUUAUUACAAUUCUGAAAAAUUAGAAAUGCAGGUAGUACAGUCUAAACCUACCAGAAGAGUCCAUCUAUGAGAACCAUGGUGCACCUAUAGUAACCCCUUUGAUACACUUGGUUUUAUGUAUCACUUUAGGCAAACAGGAUCACACUACACUUGUUCUGUAUCCUGACCUUUCACAUUAACUUUCUAUUUCAUCCUACAGAACUGCAUCUUUCUUUAAAUGCGUGUAUGAGAUGCAUGUACCAUAAUUGAUUAUGUGUUGAUGGAGAUUUCUCUCGCCCUCCUUUUUUCCAUGUUUUCUGCUCAAACUCACCACCACCAUCCCCUGCACUUCCCAGUUGUUCUUUUCACUCUUUUCUUACCCUUGCAGGUGUCUCUCUCUUCCACCUCAUGUCUUCCUCACACCCUUCUGCAUCUCCUUUCUUCUUCUCCUUCUCCCAUUCCUCUCUGCUUCUCUGUUUGCCCCUUCUCUUUUCCCCUAAUAGGCAUGAACCUUCCUUGCUCCCCAACAACCUCACUUGUUCUUAUGUUGUAAAUAAGGCAGAGUUAGCAAUGAUUUCAUAUUUGUUAUCUUUGUUUCCUCAUUUAAUUAUUUUCUUGGAGUAAUUCCUACAUGUUGGAGUUGUAGCAUGUAUGUUGCCAGACUAUGGUAGAAAACCCUGUCAACUUACCCUGCUACUAACAUUGUCUGAAAGUGUUUCUUCAUACUCUCAUCAUCAUCGUUAAUGUUCAUCCAUUCAGUUAUUACUUAUGUGAAAGGCAAAAAUUUGCAUUUCUCUGAUUUCUUGUAUGACUAAGCAUCUUUUCAUAACAUUAUCAGUCCUUAUUUUUCCUCUUUUAUGAAUUAUAUGCUCAUAAGUCUCAGCCAGUUUCGAUUGCUACAGCUUUCUCUUUGUCUGAUCACAGAUACCACUUGUUUCUUUUUCAUUUUGCCCAAGAAGUUCUGAAUUUCCUUAUCCUAGGCACUUGAGAAUGUCAGGCUGGCUAUGGGGAAGGUAAUAUAACUUGUUGCUCUUCUGGUACUUUUUUCCUCUAGUCCCCCAUCUGCCAACUGUAUCACUUCAGAGAGACUACCUGGCCUUCCCUGUUUAUAACAACAGAGGAAUAAGGGAAGGGAAAGGGAAGAUAAUGUGAGAUGAAGCAAGAUGUGGACUUGAGUUGAAAGGAAAGAUAAGCUGAAGCCCAUGUUUAAAAAAUGGGACUCAUAAGGUGGAAAAAAGAAACAGUGAAUGAAGCUGAGUGCCGAAGCAGAGGGGCCUAAAGUGGAAGGAUAGUGUGGAGGGCAGAUAGGAUGGAGAGAAGAUGCAAAGAAGCCAGAGUAUGAGGAAAAGGAAUGAAAGACAAGAUAGUUGUUAAAUGGGAGUGAAGAUGUUUGUAUACAAUAAGGAGCAAUAAGUAGAAUAAAAGGCUGUAGAACCAAAGGAAGGAGAGUCCACAGACUUCUAGUAUAGGAUUUAAAAAGAAUAGCUUUGGAGUGGGUAGUAUUAAUGCUUUCAAAUUUAUGAGAAGAGAUAACAUAUGGGGAAGAAGAAUAAAGGGCUGAUUUAAAAUGUAAAUCUAUAAAUAUGAGCAAGCCAACUUUGGGAAUACAGGACCGUUGGUGUCAACUUCCAUAUCUGUAAAGUGCAUGGGUAUGUGAUUUACAGGAGCCUAGACUAUCCCAUGACUCUAGGGGCAGGCAUCAAACCUAAAGUAUGGGCUUUCAUUGAGAGAAAUUGAUAUCUUAUCGCUGUGUAAUAGGGAAAUGGUAAUUUGUAACAGCUGAUGCAGGUCUUUGGAGCCAUCUCCUCAAAGUCCUACAUAGGUGCUAUGGGUGAGAUAUGACAAAAUGUGCAAGGAAAUCUAAGUCAGGGUGACUUAGACUAUAAAACCUAGAAAUAGUCAAGCCUGGGACUUGUUCAGUGAUGCUUAGAUUUUAUAGGUCUAGUCUUUUGGCCAAGAAAUAUCUUUUAUUAUUGAAAUUUCUGCAAGAAAAAUCACACUAUGAAGCCAGUCCUUUCUAGACUAUAACUCCCUUUUCCUCAUUGAAACAGUUAUUCUCAUAAAUGAUUUUGUUCAUAGACUGAUUUUUUUUCUCUUUCAGUGGAUGGAAAGUCUCCUUCCACUCUUUACUCUGACCUGCCUCUUCCAAAGCCAUGUCUAAGAUUGCAGCUCAAAGGUUCCAUGGUGAUGGUGAAGAGCCUUAGCUUGGCCUCUGUCAUGGCAUCCCUAUCUCUUCCUGGUUAUUGAGCAUAUGGCGGAAGGGACAGGGAUUAUGUGAGGAGACAUGGCCAUUUCUUUAAAACUUCAAAUCAGGAACUUUCUUCACUACUGCCACUUCCACCAAAUCAAAUGGAGGAAACCUAUCCCACAAAUAUAUCUAGCUGGUGGGCAAGGCAGCCAUUUCUCAAUGGCACUCUCCUUUCUUUUAAAGAGGAGAGUAUAUGUUGACGGACAGCUCUUUCUACCACACCCUGUGUGGCCAAACAUUGAGAUCCACAUGUUAAAACCAUUGUGAUGGCUGAAGAAAUGUCCAUGGUAGUAGCUUCCUUUGAUUAGCUAGUCUCCUAUCUUUGCUUUUAGACAUACUGAUAAAAAAAAUUCACUCCAUGUUAAGAAAUAGCGCAUUCCAUACUAUGGAAUCUUAUGAAACCGUUCAAAGGAAUAAUGUACGUGUACUACUUGGAAAUCUAGCUGAGAUAAAUUAAGUGAAAAAGAUAAAGUGCAGAAUAUGUGUAUUUGCAAAUAUAAAGACAGAUUCAGGAGAAUGCUUAAGAAACUGGUAAUGAUGUUUGCUUCUGGGGAAAGGAUCUGUGUAUCUGGGGACAGAAUUGAGAGACAGACUGACUUUUCAUUGAAUACCUGCUGUAUCUUUUAAAUUUUGCCGUCAUGUACAAAUAUUACCUAUUAAAAAAUUUCCUUAAGAAACUGGUAAUGAUGUUUGCUUCUGGGAGAAAGGAUCUGUAUAUCUGGGGACAGAACUGAGACAGAGUGACUUUUUCAUUGAAUACCUGCUGUAUCUUUUAAAUUUUGCCUCAUGUACAAAUAUUACUAUUAAAAAAUUUCCUUUUCACGCCUUAGCUGCAACAAGUACAUGAAGGUCCUCAAGAUAUUUUUCCUGGCUGAUUUACUUAUCUCAAACUUGCCUACCAUUCUGUAUCCAGGGUAUCUUUAUGACCAUCUGCUACCACCUCCUGGAAUGCAACUGAAAUGACAGAAAGCAUCCCAGAGCAUUUUCAGGCUCUGUAUGUUCUCGAAUUACUUUUCAGUGCUUCUCCAACACAAAGGAAUUGUUUCGAAGGACUUCCAAUGCCUCCUAUGUGAGAUGUAUAGUUGGGUAAAACGAUAUAGUAAGGGUUCUGGCUUCAUUUAGAAACUGAGUGUGUUUAUUGAGUGGUGAACUGAGAGGAGUCUGGUCUGCAUUUUCUACAAAUGACUUUUUCUCUCUGUAACUUGAGAAAUAAGUAAACUCCUUGGGAGUAAGAGAUGGUCUCACAACCAACUCUACCUUUCAGGUUCUCUAAAGGAGAAAUUUGGCCACACAGACAGUUCUGCCUUAUAGAUUUCCUUGUGUAUUAUUUUAGUGAGAGCUAGGUUACCUUUUGAAAUUUAGUAGGAUUAAAAAUUUUAGUAGGAUUAUAGGAUUCCUGUGCCACAUCCAAACUUUGGUUUCCACAAUAUACAGCUGGUCCAGGUAGUUUUAUUUUAUAAAGGAAUGCCUUACCGAGAUAUAAUCUGCAUUCUAUAAAACUCACCCUUUAAAACGAGUAUAAUUAAGCCGGCCCUGGUGACUCAGCCUGUAAUCCUAGCUACUCAGGAGGCAAAGAUCAGGAGGAUUGUGUUCAAAGCCAGUCCUGGCAAGUAGUUUGCAAGACCCUAACUCAAAAAA